AUCUACAUACACUACUGCUAAGUGCUAAGGCAUCUUGAUUAAACCCUUUGUAUGUUAGAUAUAUCACUUAUAUCAGGAUUUUACUGUUAUUUUGUUUCUGAAAGACGAAAGUCUAUCUCUAAUUCAUCUUGAUUGUGAGUUUUCAAUCUUAUAAUAUAAUAGAGAUUAGAUAAUUUAAACUAAUGACUUAAAAUUAUUUGAACACUUACAAUGAUGGUUCUUAAAUAUUUUACCUGUUUUCUAUUUAUAUUAAAUGUGAUGGGCAGCCAUGACGUUGAAGUAAAAUCCGAAGAAGACUUAGGGGUCAAGUACGCUAAUAGAUGCGAAGUGUGCAAAAUAUUAGCAACAGAAUUGCAAAGCCGGCUAGAAGAAACCGGCAAAGUGCACGACGUAAUUGAAAUUGGAUAUUCUCUAGAUGACGUUAAGCCAAAGAAGAGGACGAAGUAUGAAAAGUCUGAACUUCGACUCAUUGAGUCAUUGGAUGGUGUUUGUGAAAAAAUCCUCGACUAUAAUAUUCAUAAGGAGCGAGGUGAUAGUACGAGAUUUGCUAAAGGUAUGAGUCAAACUUUUAAAACUUUACAUGGCCUUGUUGAUAAAGGUGUUAAAGUUGAUUUGGGAAUACCUUUAGAGUUAUGGGACAAACCCUCAGCAGAAAUAACUCACAUGAAAACUCAAUGUGAAAGCCUUUUAGAAGAGAAUGAGGAAGUCAUUGAAGACUGGUAUUGGAAGCUACAAGGGAAUGUUGAUUUAAAAAUCCACUUGUGUACAAAACAUGCAUUGAGAAACACAGAUGAUUCCUGUUUGUUUGAAGAGCUUAAACAAAAAGGUGACAGUGCUAAAGCCAAGACAGAAUUGUGAUUACUAUUUUUAAGGAUUUAUUUAUCACCAAUUACAGCUAGAACUGCUAGGAAAAAGCAUUUAUUAUUUUUUUAAUUAGUGUGUACUUUACUUUUUUAUGCAUUAAUAAUGUGAUUAUGUAAUUUGAUGAUUUAUAAAGCUUUCUGUUUGAAAGGAAAUCUUUUCUUGCAUGAAAUUAUUUUAUAAAAUAACUUAAGAUUUAACUUGUAUUAUUAUCUAACAUCUAUAGAAACUGGUUUAUUAAUUUACUAUAGAUUGUGUAUAUACUGUAUUCCCUGGUAUAAUGUGCUAUAGUGUGGAUAUUGCAUUCUCUUAAAACCAUAUCUUUUUAAACUAUUAAAAUGAAUUUAAUUUUAUAGCAACACAAUUGAAACUGGUGCAAAUGUACACAAAACUAAUCAUGGAAAUGACAAAUCAUUAUCUCUUCUAAACCUCCAUAUUAUAGGGGUGAACUUUAAAAGUACAACUUUAUACCAAAAUAUUAAAAAUAUACUUUGUA